CAACCUUUUUCGGUGGGGACAUUUUCUGUUUGUUUUCCGCAAGAUUGGGCACUUUUUAUUACUUUGAGCAGUGAAACGAGAAGCGGGGUUAUUGCAUUUAAGGAUUUCCAACGAGUAACAAAAUGUCAAAAUAUUUGAGAAGCACGUUCAUUGAGGCGAACAAAGAAGGUCGUCCCGCAUUUGUCGCCUAUGUCACUGCAGGCUACCCAGAGGUGACGGAUACGGUCGACGUCCUCUUGGGUCUGCAAGAAGGUGGUGCGGACAUUAUCGAACUAGGCGUACCAUUCUCCGAUCCCAUGGCCGAUGGACCAACAAUCCAAGAGUCGAGUUUCGUUGCCCUCAACAACGGUGUGGAUAUUCUGCAAUGUUUGAAAUACGUUGAGCAAGCCCGAUCAAGAGGGCUCCGGGUGCCGGUUGUUUUCAUGGGAUAUUACAAUCCCUUCUUAAUUUAUGGAGAGAAGAAGCUGAUGCAAGACUGCGUUCGUGCUGGAGUGAAUGGUUUCAUUGUUGUGGAUCUACCCCCCGAAGAGGCCGUGCGGUUCCGAGAUCUUUGCACUGAAUAUGGUUUGAGCUAUGUCCCUCUAAUUGCCCCAUCAACCACCGACAACCGCAUUCAGCUCUUGGCGCGUGUUGCUGACAGUUUCAUUUACGUUGUCAGUACGCUGGGGGUCACGGGAGCGCGCGACUCGGUCAGUGUAGAGCUGCCCAAUCUGUUGCAGCGAAUCAAAAAGUACACGUCUUUGCCUCUCGCUGUUGGCUUUGGUGUUGCGACACCUGAGCACUUUCGCGAAGUCGGUGCACAAGCAGAGGGCGUCGUUAUAGGGUCAAAGAUUAUCUCCACACUCAAGCAGUCGGAAAAGGGCCACCGUGGACAUAGUGUACGGGAGUUUGCCUCCAACAUUACCGGACGGACCGUACUGAGACCAGAAGAACCAAAAGAAGCACCAGAGAACGGGGCCGCACCAACUAACGGAUUGGAAAAGCCUGCUGUCACGGCUACGCCGCACGCGAUUGCAGCUCGAUUUGGUGAUUUUGGCGGUCAGUACGCCCCUGAGGCACUUGUAGAUUGCUUGGAUGAGAUCGAACAGGCCUUCGUUGAAGCGAAAAAUGACCCCGCUUUCUGGGAUGAGUUCAGGUCACAUUACUCCUACAUGGGCCGUCCCUCACCAUUACACGUCGCAGAGCGUCUUACGGCUGAUGCAGGUGGCGCGCGCAUCUGGUUGAAGCGAGAGGACUUGAACCACACUGGUUCACACAAAAUCAACAAUGCAAUGGGACAAGUCCUACUCGCCAAGCGCUUGGGAAAGAAGCGCAUCAUUGCCGAGACUGGAGCUGGACAACAUGGUGUGGCGACCGCUACGGUUUGCGCCAAGUUUGGACUGGAUUGCACGGUUUAUAUGGGAGCAGAGGACGUACGAAGACAGGCGUUGAACGUAUUCCGUAUGAAACUGUUGGGUGCCAAAGUCGUUGCCGUUGAUUCAGGAUCACGUACUCUGAAGGACGCCAUCAACGAAGCCUUGCGCGACUGGGUGACAAACGUGAAGACUACACAUUACCUGAUUGGGUCCGCCAUUGGUCCUCACCCCUUCCCGACCAUCGUGCGUGAAUUCCAAUCUGUUAUCGGUCGGGAAUCCCGUGCCGAACUGCUGGCUAUGCGUUCCAAGCUCCCUGAUGCUGUCAUUGCUUGUGUUGGAGGUGGAUCAAACGCCAUUGGCAUGUUCCACCCUUUUGUUGACGAUAAGUCAGUCCGUAUUAUUGGUGUCGAGGCUGGAGGAGACGGUGUGGAAACCGGCCGUCAUUCAGCCACCCUUGCUGCCGGUAAGCCUGGUGUCCUGCACGGUACGCGGACAUAUCUGAUCCAGGAUGCCAACGGGCAGAUUAUCGAAACCCACAGCAUUAGCGCGGGAUUAGAUUACCCUGGUGUCGGUCCUGAGCAUGCUUGGUUGAAGGACACCAAUCGCGCCGAAUACGUCGCUGCCACUGAUGCGCAGGCUAUGAUAGGUUUCAGGAAGCUCUCUCAACUAGAGGGAAUUAUACCGGCAUUGGAAUCGUCUCAUGCUAUCUAUCAGGCAAUUGAGGUCGCCAAGAGUCUACCCAAGGACAAGGAUAUUAUUGUCUGCUUGAGUGGACGUGGAGACAAGGAUGUCUUGUCCGUUGCUGAGGCACUACCAAAGUUGGGUCCCAAAAUUGGCUGGGAUCUGCGAUUUGAGGGAGGACAUGGCGCCAUGAAACCAAAGGAAGAAGCCUAAAGUUCUCAAGUACCCUCAGAAUCUGCAAUUUGUAAAACUGGUCACGUUCACACAUUUAGAGAGAGUAUCAUAUUUACUAUUCCACUAUUCACAUCGUUCAUGUACAAAAUGGCCGUAUGGCCAUACCUCUUCUCUAUGGCUGGGAGUAUCAUCUUCCAGUGCUGUAAUACUAAUCCAGUAUGAAUGUAAGGGGAAUAGAGGGUUGUGUACCUCAUGUCAAACUUACUUCAUUGAAACUUAGUCGGACGCUUAGAGCUCGGAGUGUCUCAUCAGCAUGCUCCGCCAACAGUUCCAUAAAAUUUGACAGCUCCUCCUACCAAAGGCAAUAUGCUUUAAAAAGCA